AUGGGAGGGCUCUGGAGCCGGGAGCGCUGCUGAUCUCGGGAAGGGAAGGAUGGGAUGGGAUGGGAGGGCUCUGGAGCCGGGAGCGCUGCUGACGUGCUGCCGGAGCUGCAGUGACUCCGCAAUGGCUGAGCCUGCCGGCACUGAGCUCAUCCCGCAGCCUGCCGGGGAAACCUGUCCUUAGCUCCUCCGACCGCUCGGAUCCGCGCUCGGGCUACGUGCUGCCCUGACCUGCUGAGCCCCACCACUGACAGGGACAGUGCCUCUGCUGGGGUUGGAGCAUGAGGGACAGACCGAGGCACUGAGGGCCACCAGCCAGGAGCAUUGCUACCCACGUUAACAGGAUCGCUUUAAAAAGGCCCCAGAAGAUGUAGAGCGGCCGGCGGCGAGCAGCGGGGCCGGGCUCCCUCACCAUGGCCAAGAGGGGCUCCAGCAGCCGCGCCAGGGGGGACAAGCCCGACGCCCUGGCCGCCCUGCAGGCCGCCAACGAGGAGCUCAGGGCCAAGCUCACCGACAUCCAGAUCGAGCUGCAGCAGGAGAAGAGCAAGGUCAGCAAGUUGGAAAGGGAGAAGAAUCAGGAAGUGAAGCAGAUCAAGGAGCACGAACAGCAUAAAAGCACAGUGGUGGUCACAGAGCUCAAAGUCAAACUUCACGAAGACAAAAUGAAGGAGCUCCAAGCUGUUCGAGAAACUCUCCUGAGACAGCACGAAGCCGAGCUGCUCAGAGUAAUAAAAAUUAAAGACAAUGAAAUCCAGAGGCUACAGACCCUGCUCAACGCCGUGCGUGAGGGGGGCCCGGACAAGGUGAAAACGGUGCUGCUCACCGAGGCCAAGGAGGAGGCCAAGAAGGGCUUUGAGGUGGAGAAAAUCAAAAUGCAGCAAGAGAUUUCUGAGCUGAAGGGGGCCAAGAAGCAGGUGGAGGAGGCUCUGACGAUGGUGAUCCAGGCUGACAAGAUGAAAGCAGCCGAGAUCAGGAGUGUGUAUCACCUGCACCAGGAGGAGAUCACCCGCAUCAAGAGGGAGUGCGAGAGGGAAAUCCGCAGGCUGAUGGAGGAGAUUAAGUUUAAGGACAGAGCAGUCUUCGUGCUGGAGAGAGAGUUAGGGGUGCGAGCCGGGCAUGCUCAGAGACUGCAGCUCCAAAAGGAGGCUUUAGAUGAACAACUGUCCCAGCUCAAAGAGUCUGACCGGCAUCUGAGCAGCCCCAAGCGGGAACUUCCUUAUGCAAGUGGUGCAGGAGACGCUUCAGAUCAUUCGGGAAGCCCCGAACAGCAGUUGGAUGAAAAGGACGCCCGGCGCUUCCAGCUGAAAAUCGCGGAGCUGAGCGGGAUCAUCCGCAAGCUGGAGGACAGGAACGCUCUGCUGUCGGAGGAGAGGAACGAGCUGUUGAAGCGUCUCAGAGAAGCAGAAAGUCAGUAUAAGCCCAUUUUGGACAAAAACAAACGCCUCAGUAGGAAGAAUGAGGAGUUGUCACAUGCCUUACGUCGAAUGGAAAAUAAACUGAAAUUUGUGACACAGGAAAAUAUUGCCAUGAGGCAAAGAACUGGAGCGAUAAGGAGACCAAGCUCCCUAAAUGACCUUGACCACAGCCAGGAAGAAAGGGAAGUGGAUUUCCUGAGACUACAAGUUAUUGAGCAGCAGAACAUCAUUGAUGAGCUCUCCAAGACCCUGGAGACUGCUGGCUAUGUGAAGAGUGUCAUGGAACGUGAUAAGCUGCUAAGGUUCAGGAAGCAAAGGAAAAAAAUGACAAGAAUUCCUAAGCCGGUGGUGGAGACGUUCUAUGGCUACGACGAGGAGGCUUCCCUGGAGUCCGAUGGCUCCUCCAUCUCCUACCAAACCGACCGCACUGACCAGACCCCCUGCACGCCUGAGGAUGACCUGGAGGAGGGCAUGGCCAAGGAGGAGACGGAGCUGCGGUUCCGGCAGCUGACCAUGGAGUACCAGGCGCUGCAGCGCGCCUACGCCCUGCUGCAGGAGCAGGUCGGGGGCAGCCUGGAUGCAGAACGAGAAGUCAAGACACGUGAGCAGCUCCAAGCAGAAAUACACCGGUCCCAGGCUCAGAUAGAAGACCUGGAGAAGGCUCUGGCUGAGCAGGGACAGGACAUGAAGUGGAUUGAGGAGAAGCAGGCCUUGUACAGAAGGAAUCAGGAGCUGGUAGAAAAGAUCAGGCAGAUGGAGGCCGAGGAGGCGCGCCUCAAACACGACGUGCAGGACGUGAAGGACCAGAACGAGCUGCUGGAGUUCAGGAUCCUGGAGCUGGAGGAGAGAGAGAGACGCUCCCCGGCCAUCACCUUCCACCACGGCCCCUUCACGGAGGGGAAGAGCCCUCUGCAGGUGUACUGCGAGGCUGAAGGUGUAACAGACAUUGUAGUAGCAGAGCUGAUGAAAAAGUUGGACAUUUUAGGGGAUAACGCCGUAAGUAAUCUGACCAACGAGGAGCAGGUGGUCAUCAUCCAGGCCAGGACCGUCCUGACGCUGGCAGAGAAGUGGCUCCAGCAGAUCGAGGUGACUGAGUCGGCGCUGCAGCAGAAGAUGCUGGACCUGGAGAACGAGAAGGAGCUGUUCAGCAAGCAGAAGGGCUACCUGGACGAGGAGCUGGACUUCAGGAAGCAGUCCCUGGACCAGGCUCACAAGCAAAUUCUGGAAUUAGAAGCCAUGCUCUAUGAUGCCCUGCAGCAAGAAGCUGGAGCCAAAAUUUCCGAACUUCUUUCAGAAGAGGAGAAGGAGAAGCUGAAGGGCGCCGUGGAGCAGUGGAAGCGGCAGGUGAUGAGCGAGCUGCGGGAGAGGGACGCCCAAAUCCUGCGGGAAAGGAUGGAGCUCAUCCAGCACGCCCAGCAGAGAAUUAAAGAGCUAGAAGAAAGAAUUGAAGGCCAAAAAAGACAAAUAAAAGAGUUAGAGGAAAAGCUUUCAUUCUUUGGUCAUAGUCCUUCAGGCCACAUGCACAAGCCCCCUGAGGCCGCUGCAGCUGCUCCUGCUGUCCUUGCCGGAGGGACAGCCCUGCUCCCCGAGCCCCUGGCAGAGACUUUGCCCUCCCCAGCCCCGGGUCUGCCCGGCUCCCUGCUGCUGGCCAUGGCAGGGGCAUGGGGCACCUCCAGCGGGGCUGAGCCAGGCUGGGAGGGGGUCCCGAGAGCCCCGAGGAGCCUUUGGAGGGGACAGAACUGAGAGAGAGAGAGAGAAAAGCUGCUGCUGUCCUGCUGCAGCCCUGAGAGCCCAAAGAAGCCUUUGGAGGGGACAGAACUGAGCAUCAGAGAGAGAGCAAAGCUCUGCUGCUGUCCCGAGAGCCCCGAGGAGCCUUCGGAGGGGACAGGACUGAGAGAGAGAGCAAAGCUCUGCUGCUGCCCUGCUGCAGCCCUGAGGAGCCUUUGCAGGACAGGACUGAGUGACAGAAAGGCAGAAGCUGCUCCUGCCCUGCUGCAGCCCAGCUCUGCCUGCAGCUCCUCACUGAUUCGGACACUCUGGGUUGGUCCUGGUUCCCUGCCCAGCAAAUCUCUUCUCUAGAAGUGCCCGUGUCCUGUUCCUGUGCCACACAUCGUGCUCGUUCCACAGUUCUGCAAAUUCUGUCUCCAAAGAGGAUUUUAGGAAGCGUUCCAGAGGAGUAGCUCGUGAAAAGAUGGAUGGGAGUGAAAAUGAAGGGGUUUGUUCCAAGGUAUUUCUUCGUUGCGCAGGGUGUGUCCUGUGCUUUGUUGAAUAUCCCACAAGCCCUGUUUUAGGAAAAGCAUAAAACUACAUUCAGGAAAUCAAGCUGUAAUUUCUUUUUUUGAGUUGUCAGUAAACCAUGAUGAGAAAAAUUAUGCAAUCAUUUGUAAUUGGCUGUCCCUGAACAAUGACACAAAGGCUUAACACUGUCCCAGCAAAACGUUCAACCUGGAAAAGAGUGAAGUAAACCAGAUGAUGCCUGAUCCACAUGCAGGGGACUGGGAGAGCAGCAAGAGGGAGCAGAAGGUGGCACCUGGAAGAUGCCCUCACCUUGGGGAAAGGGAGCACAAGUCCCACAGAGCCGAGCCCGCAAGGGAAAAGACUCCUCCAGAAACACGGGUGAAGAGGGGCAAAUCCAGAAGAAAUUCCAGAGUGUGACUGACCACAUUGCAUCCACAGCCAAGCACAGAAAUGCAGGGCUGAGAGGCAAAGCCAGGGAAGAGGAACAAGGCCAGGACCAAGACCAGGGAUGAGGACCAAGACCAGGGAUGAGAAACAAGACCAGGGAUGAGAAACAAGACCAGGGAUGAGGAACAAGACCAGGGAUGAGGAACAAGACCAGGGAUGAGGACCAAGGCCAGGAGCGAGGUCCUGCUGGCAGCCAGGGUCCCAUGGUGCCCAUUCCCUGGGAGCACGGGCAGGAAGGGAUCAGAGCUCUGGGCAGGUACCUGCACCACUGGAGUUUGUAAAGCUAUGGAGAAAACCCUUUGAUACUGAAAUUCUUCAACCUCUUCCUGCACUUGUACAUCGACCACGUUUUAACCCAGCGCAGGGAGCUUGGCUGCAGAAACAGAAGGAAGGGAGCUGGUCAGAGAAGUGCAGUAUUUGAACCAAAGGGAUGUGACGUUUUAAGGCCGAGGUUGUGGAUUUUGAUAUCAGCGUGUGAGUCUAUCAUGGAAUUGAUUUAACAAGCUCUGAUUCUACCAAUACCAGUGCUGGGAUUCUGGGAUGAGCUGCAUUUUUACUUCUGCCUAAAACUGGGUUCAUUUGGAGUUCUACUGAAAUACUUCAUGUCUUAAAGUGCUGUAUUCCCUGGAAGCCCUGCAGUGGUGGUUGAGGUGACAAAGGGCACGUUAGGAAGUGGCUUGAGUCCAUCUCAUGGCUCUGCAUUCAGGACCUGCUCUUGCCUGGUGUGUUGGUGUGCCUCAAACACCGCUUCUGUUCUCGGAUUAACGUCCUUGAUCCUGGGGGUUUUAAGUACAAAGCCACUUGUACAGGACAGGUCCGUGUGUAAAUAAGGGAUUCUGCUUACCUAUAUGUCACUAUAAAUAUAUAUCAAGUUUUGUACAUAGGAAAGAAAAAAAUAGCUCAAAGAAUGUUUUCAGAACUGUGUCCUCCAUUUAAAUGCACAGACAGGAGAUUGCCAGCCAUGUGCUGCCUCCCUCUCCGGGAAGGGAUCCCGCUCCUUCCGCUCCUGCGUGCGGCCCACCAGGCUCUGUGUGAGUUUUUUGGUAGCCCAGAGCAGGGUUGGGCUCUGUGAGGAGUUUUUUGGUAGCCCAGGGCCAGGCUGGGCUCUGUGUAAGGAGUUUUUUGGUAGCCCGGAGCAGGGCUGGGCUCUGUGUGAGUUUUUUGGUAACCCGGAGCAGGGCUGGUUCUGCCCCAAACCCGCCGCCGUGUGUGCGACAGGAGCAGAUUUCUCGUUCCAGCUGGGGAGGAUGUGGCUGUUUUUUCCAGUAUUCUGCUCUAUAUCUGUAGCCUUCAGUGAUUCCUUGAGUGCCUUACAUGGCUUGUGGACAGAAUUCCUGACCAGGAGUUGAAAACGCCCCUGCACCGAGUCCGGCUCCUUCGCACCGCUGUGCCCCUCGCCCCUCGCCGGCAGCGUGCACAGGAAGAGAUUUAGCUUCGACUCAGGAAAUCGCCGUGUGAAUAUGUGUAUUAAACCCUGUAUCAUGUGCUGUACAGUUUAUAAAAAGGGACUAUUGUAAACUUAUGCAAAACGUAACAGAGAAAAUGGAGGUUUAGGUCCACUGGCUGGCGUGCCAUGACCCGUGUCCUCUAAUCCUACUCCAGAAUCAUAUCCAAAAUACGGAACGUUGGGUUCAGUGCUGCGACAGCAGCCGCCAGCCCGAAAACGGGCGGGAGCGAUCGACUAGAGAAUUUUACAGAUAUUUUUGUAUUGUGAUUCCUAUGAUAUAUAUUGAGAGACUUUCUAUUCCUUUGUAAAAUACAUAAAUGAUUGUCAAUUUUAAUUAAAAAGAUCUGUUUUAAACCUUCAAA